AUGGAGAAAGAAAAAAAAUUGGUGGUUCAUGAGGAAGCGUUGGUGAACAUUUUGGCUCGUUUAUCAUUGAGGAGCCUUGCGAGAUUCAUAUCAGUGUGCAAAGAAUGGAAAUCGAUAAUCAAUUCUGAGUUUUUCCGAGAACUCUAUGAGUCACUCAACACGUCGUCGUCCUCCUCCGUGUCAUGGUCAAUCAUAAAGAGAAGGAACCAAACACUGGCGUUAGAGAUUGUAGGACACCAUGGAUGCAAGAGAUGGGGACUUACGGAUUCCCUAGGCUCUUACAUGCAUCACAAAUCCGACACACCAAUGAGGAAAACUUGUGUCUUGAGCUGCACGGAUGGAAUUGUAUUACUUUAUACCGAAACCAUCGAAGGUGCACCAAUGUAUCAUGUAGGGAACCCCUUGUUGCAACAGUGGGUUCAAAUCCCUUUUUCUCCACAUCUCACGGUUUUUGAUGUCGUGAGGUUACAGGAGAACAUUUUUUUCUGCGACAUUGGACUGGUAACAAAGAUGGAAAAGGGUAUUGUCGUGGGUUACAAGGAGAGUGGAAAACUGAAAAUGUGCAUUGUCUUCGUUCCAUGCUAUGGACUAGACUAA